AUGGCACCGCAAGCAACAACGAGCGCAACAUCGGUGGUAGCCAUCGGGGCGGUCAUGGUGCCGUGCAUUUCGACCACCACGAACACGGCCGCCCUCGGCAUCGAUCAUCUUUCCUGCGAGGAAAUCAUCUUCGAUGAGGUGGACAAUCGGUUCGCCGAACCGGAUCGGCACAUGAUCGCGGACGAUCGUAUCAUCCAGAACCUGAUGCGGCUAGAACCGUUGACCAUGCCAGACGGCAACUAUUUCGGUACGGUGCAGCUCAAUAUUACGCCGAACAUGCGCAAGAUCGUCACCACGUGGAUGCUGGAGGUUUGCGAAGAGCAAAAGUGCGAGGAGCAAACGUUUCCACUGGCCGUGAAUUUCUUCGACCGCUUCCUGUGCACCCUGCCGACCAAGCGCCACCACCUGCAGCUGCUCGGAUGUAGCACCCUGCUGCUCGCGUCAAAAAUUCGCCAAUGUCAGCCAUUAACGGUGGACGUGCUCAGUGCCUACACCGACCAUGCGGUCUCACAGGAGCAGAUAAGGAACUGGGAGCUGCUGUUGAUCACCAAGCUCACAUGGAAUAUCAAUGCGGUGACAGCAUACGACUACGUGGACCACAUUCUGGAACGCUCCAAAUGGGGCUCGGACGAUGCCCGGCUGCGCGAACAUGCGCACACACUUAUACAUGUCUGCAACACAGAUGUAAGGUUCAUGCUUGUGCAACCCUCGUUGCUGGCCGUAUCCUGUAUCGCGUCGGCCACACGCGGUCUGAACGUAUCGACCAAGCAGGCCGUCGGGUACGAUCUCUGCCGACUGACGAUGCACGGUCUGCAGGCGAUCGACGAGAUCGUGAAACAAAUUGAGGACGUGGUGGCGCGCGAAAUUGCGGACAAGCAGAUUCAGCAGCAACAGCUUGCCCAGCAGCAGGCACAGCUCGCUCUCGCCGGUAGCAGCUGCAAGGAGCAAUACCAGCAGGCCCCACAACGGUUGGCCAACAACGCCACCAACAGCAUGAUGAUGCCGCCCCAGCAACAGCAACCGGAAACACCCACGGACGUACAGUUCAUACACUUCUAA